GUCGGUGAUAUCUUUACGUCCAUCAUUAUUUGUUUGAAGCACAAGAAGAAGUUGAGUACUCGAGUUAAUAUGGAACGAGCGAAGAGAACUCCUUUGAGCGCGCGAAAUAAACACAAGAAGAGAACAGGCAAAAGGCUUAUCAGGAGUAUCGUCACCUACCUCAAAUCAGAUGCAUACUUGUUCGCUCCUCUGUUGUUUUCCAAUUCCAGUGAUCCACCGUUCUCUCCGCAGAUACAAAUGCCUCCGCCGUCAGAAUCAUCGAAGGGAGACGACUUACCUGUGGCAGGACUUGAGGCAUUGGGGAUGGAGAAGGUGAAACAAAACAAGACAAGACUGUCGGAGAAAGUGAAGGAGUAUCUCAAAUCUGACUAUCAUAUGUACAGACCAAUGAUCUCAGUUCCGAAGCUUGGUUCUUCUCUUAGAGGAAAACUGCAAAUCACAAACUCGGUUACGAUGGAAGUAUCAAAGAGUAUUGCAACCAUGAGGGAAGAUAACAACAGCUAUAGGUAUCAGCUCAGGUCAGAGUCAGACAGUGCACAACACACAUUGCCUAACAGAAGGAUCAGCUCUCCGAAUAGACAUCGAACCGGUGAUACAAAUAUUUCACCACCCUUUUCUCCCCUUCAAGAGAGAAAAAUUAGUGAAGCCACGUCCAAGGACAAGGAGAGUUUUAAUUGAGUGAAGUUAAUGUAGGAAUGAUAAUGUAAAAUAUGUAUCUAAUUUAUCAUAUACAAUAAUUACAAGCGUUCCUAGAGAAGUAGAAUAGGGUUUAUUGUGUGACUGGAACGGGUUUCUUGUUGAUAAGCUUUUAGGAUAUGAUGUAUGAAUGAGGAUGACAAAGAUGUGUCUGUCUGAACGUCAUGCCAUGUUACAUGUCCGGUCGUUGAAGAGUAGUUGUAUGUCUAGAUAACUGUUACAGUUCAGCAAUAGCUCGAU